UAUGAUUAGUUCAAUUGUGUUUAUAAAUCAUAAGGGAGAAAUCCUUAUUUAUCGGGUGUAUAAGGAUGACAUCACAAGAAGUGAGACUACACAAUUUUGUGCUAAAAUAGUGGCCACAAAAGAAAAUAAGGAAUGUCCAAUAAUCAAUAUUGAUGGUAAAAAAUGAUAUUUAAAAUUCAAGGAACAUCAUUUAUCCAUAUUACGAUAAAAGACAUCGUAGUAUUAGCCACAACAAAAGUAAAUGUAAAUGUAGCAAUGACCUUACAAUUUCUUUAUUAAUUAGUACGAGUACAAUAUUAAAUCCUAGGUUAAAGUGUGCAGAGCUUACUUCGGUGGAGAAUUUGAUGAAAAUUGUAUAAAAAAGCAUUUUGUGCUUAUUUAUGAAAUACUGGAUGAAGUAAUGGAUUAUGGUGUUCCUUAAAUAGCAGAUGCAGAUCUUUUGAAAAAAGUAUCAUGCUUAAUACUAAUGUUUAAUAGUACAUUUAAGAAGGAGGACUGAAGCCAGAGCUAAUGAAUGACGUAGAAAAGUUGAAACAAUUAACAUCCUAAGCAACUGGAGCCACAUCUUGGAGGCCUCCAAAUCUAGUGUAUAGAAAGAAUGAAGUGUACUUGGAUGUCAUAGAGAGUGUGAAUGUGUUGAUGUCAGUGAAAGGGACAAUCUUGAAGGCAGACGUGGCUGGAUCAAUUUAGGUGAAAUGCUUAUUGUCUGGAAUGCCAGAAUGUAAAUUUGGAAUGAAUGAUAAAUUGCUGAUGUAGAGAGAACCUCGUAAGCCUGGUUAAACGACAACUGACAAAGGUAUCACAAUUGACGACCUGAAAUUCCAUCAAUGUGUCAAAUUGCCUAAAUUUGAUAAGGAAAGAGCAAUCACAUUUAUUCCCCCUGAUGGUUAAUUUGAGUUGAUGACCUAUAGGAUUACUGAGAAUAUUAAUUUGCCUUUCAAAAUCAUGCCUGUAUAUAAUGAGUUAGGUAAGAACAAACUAGAAAUUCGAGUCAAAGUAUUAAGAUAUUUGAAUAUUUAAGAUUAAAUCUAUUUUUGAGAAGAAUCUAUUUGCUACAAACUUAGCCAUAAAAAUUCCAGUGCCCAAGAAUACUGCAAAUGUUAACACAAAUUCAGCAAUCGGGAAAGCCAAACAUGAACCAGAUUAGCAAGGAGUGAUUUGGAGAAUAAAGAAGUAUCCUGGAGACUUUGAAGCACUAUUACGUUGUGAAAUCGACUUAGGUUAAACAACUAAUUAAUAGCCUUGGAUUAAGCCACCUAUUUCGAUGGAAUUUUAGGUGCCCAUGUUUACAGCAAGUGGAUUGAGAGUGAGAUUCUUGAGAAUCUAUGAAAAAGCCGGGUAUAAACCAACGAAAUGGAUUAGAUAUAUCACAAAAGCUGGUGAGUAUUUGCAUAGAUUGUGA